UAACAGCCCUGAUAAACUGUGUUGUAGGACUGUACAUGAAGCAGAGAGGAAGGCGCCAUGGCUGCUCUUUUUAAAGCUAGAAAAGCUCUUGGUUUGUGUCUCAGCGGCUGUCGAAGUCUGACCCAGCUUGCAGAGUUACCAGAUACUCAUCAGAUAUUGAGGCAAACCUGCAGAGACUACGCUGACAGAGAACUGAUGCCCAUCGCUGCCAAACUAGACAAAGAGCACGUUUUCCCUGCCAAACAGAUUAAUGAAUUGGGAGCGAUGGGCGUCAUGGCAAUGGAGGUUCCGGAGGAGCUGGGCGGAGCUGGGAUGGACUACCUUGCGUACAGUGUGGCUAUGGAGGAGAUCAGCAGAGGCUGCGCCAGCACUGGAGUUGUGGUGUCUGUCAACAAUUCUCUGUAUAUCGGACCGAUACUAAAGUUUGGUACAGAGGAACAGAAAAAGCAGUGGAUCACCCCAUUCACCACCGGAGAGAAGGUGGGCUGUUUUGCCCUCAGUGAGCCAGGUAACGGCAGCGAUGCAGGUGCAGCCUCCACCUUAGCUCGGCAGGAAGGGGACGAGUGGGUGCUGAACGGAACCAAAGCCUGGAUCACCAACUGCUGGGACGCCUCUGCCACCGUCGUGUUCGCCACCACGGACAAAAAACUCAAACACAAGGGUAUCAGUGCCUUCCUGAUCCCCAUGCCACACCCAGGACUUUCUCGAGGUAAGAAGGAGGACAAGCUGGGCAUCAGGGCCUCGUCCACCGCCAACAUCAUCCUGGAGGACUGCAGGAUACCACUGGGAAACAUGCUGGGCCCACGCGGCGCAGGAUUUAAGAUUGCCAUGCAAACCCUGGACAGCGGACGGAUCGGCAUCGCAGGUCAGGCUCUCGGUAUUGCUCAGGCUGCACUGGACUGUGCCGCCGACUACGCACACAAACGAACUGCAUUUGGCGCUCCAAUUGGCAAACUACAGGCCAUACAGUUCAAACUGGCUGACAUGGCUGUGGCAGUGGAAAGCGCUCGUCUGCUCACCUGGAAGGCUGCGAUUCUUCGAGAUUCAAAGAAGCCCUUCACUAAGGAGGCAGCCAUGGCCAAACUGGCAGCGUCUGAAGCCGCCACGUACUGCUCACAUCAGGCGAUCCAGGUUCUGGGUGGAAUGGGUUACGUGACGGACAUGCCCGCUGAGAGGCACUACCGGGACGCUCGCAUUACAGAGAUCUACGAGGGCACCAGCGAGAUCCAGAGACUGGUUAUCGCCGGCCAGCUUCUGAAGGAAUACCAGUCAUAAAGGCACUUCUGUCGGUGACUUUGGCACAAAUUGGAAACACAAUCCUAGAUCUGCCAGAGACAUCACCUCACCCAUAAAGAUAAGGAAGCCAGUGCGAUUGAGGCGCUUGUCCACUUUUUGGCAAGCAGCCACUGUAUCAGGGUUAAAUCAGAAAUGACACUGCAAACGUUCAGACAAGAUUCACUUGAUUUUAUGUCUCCAUCGUCUUGUGUCUCAAGGAAAUCCAGGAUUUACAGCAACAUAAUUUACCUCCACUGCCUUAAGAGGAUGCAAGUGCGAUGCCAGUUUAAAGAGUCAGUUCACCUACAUUUAAAACAAGGGCAUAUUCUCUCCUUGGGGCAUUGAGCUGUGCAGGUAGUUUUUGGUUUUAUGUGUUUAUACAGUAAUUAAAUAGAACUUUAUAAAUGUAUAUUUAAUUCUUAAGUAAGUUAAAGACAUAGAAAAAACGUAUUCGAUAGAGGCACGUGCAGCUUCGGUCUUCUUGCAUACACAUACAUAAACUUAAUUUGCUUAAACAUCUGCUGAGAUCCAGUCCCAUUGUGUUCUGCAUCCAAUUACACCCACAUUAUCAGGCAUUAGAUAACAUAUCAAGGUACAGAUUGCGUAUCAGUGCCAGGUGCAGGUGGGGUAACACAUCUGAGAGUUGUGGUAGUAAAAUGUGAAACUAUACAACCUGAUUAGACUGUAAGGUAGCUGCUUUAGACAACAGCAGUUCAAAGUUCUUUACAUAGACACAAGGAUUAAACAAUAAGGUUUAAUACAGUAAAAUACAAUUUGAAUAACAUACAAAUACACAAAUAGAAUUAAAGUGUAAUCUGUUAACUGCUAUCCAGGGUAACGUUUCUGCUCCAUAGUGGACCUGCAAUGACCUCUACUGGUCAGUUCAGAGUCUGCACAUAAGUCCUGGUUUUAUUUGGAUUAAAGGGUCCAUUUUCUGCUUUCUGAUUCCUCCUUUGCUUCAGUGUUAAAGAGCUGUUUUUUGCCCAAGUUAAAGGUCUGCAAACCUAGACAGCCCAAAGUCCAUGUCAAAGGGAGUUAUUCUCUCCUACAGAAAACUCUGCUCUUUAUAAAACACUUACUUUAAACACCUCAUUUAAAAGUCCAGGCUUUCCUCCUGUUACUUAUCUACAUCACCAUGUAUCACAUUCACAUCACUCGUCCUUAAGAAGAGCAGCUGCCGCGUAGUCUGACAUUAUUUCCUCACUAGAGCGGCAUCCCUAUACUUUAAGAUCUGGGGUUACUAACCAAUGCUUUGCCAGCCAACUGACCAAUCAGAGCAGCCUGAGCUUUUCAGGAGGGGGGCCUUAAAAAGACAGGUGCUAAAAUAGAGCGUUUCAGACAGAACAAGUGCUGCAGCAAUGUACAACAUGAGAAAAAUAAUGUGUUUUUAACAUGAAUUGUGUUCUAGUAGACCCUGAAAUACUAUUCUGAACUUGUAAAUAUGAACAAUAUGGGAUCUUUAAAGAAGCCCGUUUUCAUUCUGCCAAUUUGUCUGAGCUGCUGGUAUGUCAGAAAAACGCACAAGAUGCCCUUUAGCGUUGAUGCCACCAUCUUUUCACACCUACAUGGCACAAGUCACCUGACUUUCACCCAGGAGACUGAGAUUUGCAGCCUUAUUUCAUCACUUAGUUUUAUUUUAUUUUGUGACUUAAACCUGCUUGUCACUUGCUGUUUGAUUUAAGUUUCAGCACCAAAACAAAAAGAUCCUGGUUUGAGUUCAAAUACACCCUUUCACAACGUUAACCACAUGUCACAAGACACACUUCUAAUUACCUGAAAAGUAAUUGUGUUUCCAUUACAUGUAUUUAUUUGUGUUUUAAAGUAUCUCAUCAGAAAAAUUAUUUUAAAAACUUUAUUAAUUUUUACACUCAUUUGAAGUGGUUUUGGGCUGUUUCUUACGACUUAAUGAGCUUCAUGGGACAUCGAAACACCUUUUCUGAACAAAUUUUGACAUAGUGAACAUUUAACUCACAUGACAGAUCGACUUAUUCUACGUCUUUUGUUGUCUUUGUCUACAAACAGCUUAAACAUGACCUACAGCAGCUGACAUAGAAGAAUUAUUAUGUAAUAAUAAUUCUAAACAGUAAUUUUGAAUAAUUAAAAACACAUACUGAAAACUUCAAUUUUUCUCCCGUAGAUGGACAAAGUUUUGUUGUUUCAUCGUCUCUGAGGAUUUCUUUUUAGCAGGUAACAGCUGGUUUUGCUUCUGGCUUCUUCUCCUCUGUUUAUUCCAGCCAUGUAGCCCACAGCGCCACCUUCUGACGACACUGUACAGCCUAGUUCAUUCACUCCAAAACAGCUUAUGGAAAAAGGCCGAAUUUGCUUUAGAGUUAUAUGGAAACAUGGCUCGUGACAAACCAGUAAAGAAUAUUUGGCUACAGACUCAAGGCAUCUAUAUCUUGUGUAUAGGGAUUUUUAAGAGUCUAUUGAACGGCCCUGCACGUUCAAAGAUGACACUAAAUGUGACGCCAAGAGGUCCUGACAAAGCGGCUGUGUAUAACCAGUUCAAAGUGAGAUAAGGCUCAUUAAAUUGAUGCAGAUGUUUGGAAAAAACACUCUUUAACAAGAGAAUUAGGAGCUCAGCAGCAGAUGUUUAAUAUUUUAGUAUCAGAAUUCGCUACAUCGACGGCCGAAUGAAUUCCCUUCUCACAGUACUGUAUGUUUUUGUGUGAGCUGACCCUUUACGAUCAUGAACACUGCAAACCUUCCUGCCACUGACUCACAUCUACAAAUGGAGCUUCAGCCACCAGAGGGCGACUCAGUGCCUUCAGGUUUCUGUGUCAUCACCAACAGUCUGAUUCAUCAAACACACUCAUCAGAAUGUACACUGUUGUUGUUGACUGCAGUUUAACUCAUUUCUAGAUAGCAAGUAGCUGGAGGAGAUUCUUGGUAAUGCAGUUUGGGAUUAAUUAUGUGAAUUUGUCAAAUGCUGUAAGAGGCUGUGUUAUGAAAUGCAGCGUGUCUGCUUCACAGACCUCGGUGCCUCAAUGACUUGUACAUAUUUUAAUGUUGCCGAUUGUGUGCAGAUGAUAAUGACAACACAAUUACAGUGCUUUGUAGAUGCUGCAGAUAAAUUAUGGCUUUUCAACAUUAAAAUGGAACAUGAGCAACUUUAACGGUGAA